AUGGUAAGUGAAGUCAGAAACCAGAGCUCUGUGGCCACUUUCAUCCUGGUGGGGUUCUCAGAAUUCCCGCACCUACAGGCACCCCUCUUCCUGGUGUUCCUCAGCAUCUACACUGUCACUCUGGUGGGGAAUGUGGGCAUAAUUGUUGUCAUAAGGAUAAAUCCCAAGCUUCAUACACCCAUGUACUUUUUCCUCAGCCAUCUCUCAUUUCUGGAUAUUUGCUACUCCAGUAUGAUUUCACUCAAGCUGUUAGAGAUCUUGGUUGUGGAAGACAGAACUAUCUCCUUCAAUGGGUGCAUGACACAGUUUUUCUUUAUUUGUAUGUUUGUGGUUACAGAAAUGUUCAUGUUGGCCGUGAUGGCCUAUGACCGGUUUGUGGCUGUGUGUAAUCCCUUGCUCUACACAGUCGCCAUGUCUCGCAAGCUCUGUUCCCUCUUAGUGUCUGGGACAUACAUGUGGGGUGGCCUGUGCUCCUUGUUACUCACUUACUCUCUGCUAGUACAGUCCUAUUGUGGAUCUAAUGUCAUAAAUCACUUGGGCUGUGAGUACUCUGCCAUCCUCUCUUUGUCCUGCUCUGACACUUCUUUCAGUCAGAUGGCGUGUUUCGUCAUUUCUACAUUCAGUGAAGUGUGUAGCCUCCUGAUCAUCCUUGCCUCCUAUGUCUUCAUCAUUGCCACUGUCAGCAGGAUUCCCUCCAAGGGCGGCCUCCCCAAAGCCUUCUCCACCUGUACCUCUCACCUGACUGCCAUCAGCAUCUUCCAUGGGGUCAUUCUCCUUCUCUACUGUGUGCCCCAUGACAAAAGCUCCUGGCUCCUGGUCAAAGUGGACACUGUUCUUUUCACUGUCAUGAUUCCCUUGUUGAAUCCCCUGAUCUACAGCCUCAGGAGCAAAGAUGUAAAAGAGACAGUUAGGAGGCUGAUUGACUCCAAACUGCAUUCUCUCCACAUAAAAUUCAGAUAA